AUGCCAUUUUUACUCACAUCUCACCGAUCAUUUAUAGGGCCAAUCGUCCGAACCUAUCCCAACGAGCUACAUAUCCACGACGUUGAUGCUUAUGAUGAGGUUUUUAGCGUCGGCACAAAGUUUGACAAAGAGCGUCGAUUCUACGAUCAUCCUCUUGGAGAAGGAUCUCACUUCAAUAUGCCAGACCUCAAGUCUUCCAAGUCCCGACGAGAGAUGUUUGCGCCAUUUCUCUCUAAAGCAGCCGUUGCAAGAGGCGAACCUCUGAUUCAUGCCACCGUCAUGAAAUUCAUUGAGAUCUUGAGUGAAUACGGCAAUGAUAACAGAGUAGUCAAUCUCACAAGAGGCUAUCACUCGCUUACCACAGACCUGAUCAUGAACUACGGAUGGCAGAGAGCAAUUGGGGCGCUCGAUUUUCCGGAUUUUGCAUAUCCACCUGUGGCUUAUAUGAAUUAUUUUCUUGUCUCUACAGUCCUUAUCCGCACGUUUCACGGCUUUUUCAGGUCCUUUGUUGGCCUUGCCCUGCGAUUUCCUGCUCUCGCAAAGUGGAAUACAAUGCUGGCUGCAGUGUUUCACCUACGCACUCAAGCCCAAGGACUGGUUCUAGAUACCCUCAAUCGAUCCAAGUUGACAGAGCAACAGCAUCCGAGCAUAUUCGACCUGAUUCUACAACCAGAUGCAAAAACAAAUCUACCAGUGCCAUCUUUUGAUGACCUCACGGCCGAGGCCUUAGUUUUCCUGGUUGGUGGCGAGGAGUCAACAGCAAAUGCCCUGAUUCAUGGCACUUUUCAUGUCUUGAAUAACCCCGGAAUUCAAAGAAGACUCCAGCAGGGGCUUUCAAAUGCAAUACUUGCCGACCAGCCAAUGCCAACUGCAGACACACUUGAGAAGCUACCUUACCUAAGAGCCGUUGUAAAAGAGUCGCUUCGCUUCUCUCAUGGGGCCCCAGGACGACUCCCACGUCUUGUACCGCCAUCUGGCGCCACGCUGUGCGGACAAUAUAUACCCCCCCGGAACCGUGCUUUCGCUUAG